AUGGCGAGCUCAUCUGCACGUCCUGAGCGAGUGUAUCACCAAGACUAUAUCGCGCGCGUGCGAUAUUCCAAUGCUCUGCCUCCUCCGCCAAACCCUCCAAAACUGUUGGACAUCCCAAAUACUGGACUCUCUAGUGGCCAGUAUACAUCGGCCGCAUAUGCUUCCCGCCUAGCGCGUGAACAGCCGCUCAAUAUCGAAGCAGAUGCCGAAUUAGGCAUGCCCAUCGACCUUGUCGGUCUACCAGGCGUCUUCGAUGGCGAUGAGACUGUGAUCCAGAGUAUGGACCGCCCACCAGCUCCUCAUCCACAUGACAGACCGCUACUCCGACCCUUGUCGACACUUGGAAAGUCAAGCAGUGCUACUCAAGGUGUGAGUUUCUUGCGGCGGACUGAAUAUAUCACAUCUGCAGGAUCAGCUCGGCACGAUAUUCCCAAGGAAUUCAUGAGGCCGCGUCAAGUAAAGAAGCGUCGCCAUACCGAUUCCCACAGUGACGACCCUAUUUCAAUCAUUCGCGCGAUAUACAAGGGCUUUGACCUUGCAUAUCCUAAUGAGGCAUACACUGGCCCAGAUUCGACGGAGAAGAUUCGCGGCGCAGAAAUUUCGCCUGAAGAGCGAAGUGCUUGGAAGUUUCCCGUACAUCCCUCUAAGCCUGACGUUAAAGUCGUGGACAGUUAUCCUAUUCUCCCUGACAUGGAUGCAUUCGCAGACGCACCCGGCUACAGUGUCAUGAAAUUCGUUUCUGCCCCUGUCGACAAGCAAGACAAAUACGAUCGUCGAUUAGAUACAUGUGUUUUCAGACCUCUAGUUGAUCCGGUGCGUCAGCAGGAGUACGAGGCCCAAAGAGCCAUCGAUCCUUCGGCUGCACCUCCCAAAUUUGACUAUGAGCUCUACUUACCCCAGAGUGAGUCUGUUGGAAACAUCAAAAGGAAGUUCAACGUUCUAGAUCCUGGCAACAAUGACGACGAUCUCUACGACGAACAGACACGCAACACCGAUACUCCACACUUCAGGUUCGACAAAGUACGCACCUACGAGACUUUCCAGCAUAGCGAGACUUCCGGUCUAUAUUCAGAGCACGUUGCGGUGGCUCUGCAUGACGCACCAGCAGGGUCCAAGAAGCAGAAAGCUGCUUAUAUCUACCCCAUACUGAACAGAACCAUAAUUCGCCCAAGGAGGAAAGUCAAUCGGCCUGGUCCGUCUGAGGAACAAGAAGAUAGCGCGGAUGUCAUACAAUUGACAGUCAGGGAUUUAGAUGAAGAAGAAGUGAAUGAGAGGGAACGAAUACUACAGGAGAAGUACAUGGCUGCGACAACGAGUUAA